AUGGCACCAGUUACACCAAGGACGUCAAAGGUCCAACAGAGUAAUAAUGGUACCAGUUCCACCAAUAAGAAGAUGAAACAAUCGAGUCUGUUAUCAUUUUUUUCAAAAUCAUCUUCUACACCGACCAAGAAGAUUGGAGCUGCCGGAAAGUCACUCUUUUCAACUCAAAAAACUACCACUGACAAUAGUAGCAAUGAAUCGUUUGAGAAAAAGCCAAAUCAAACAAUUGAAAUAGAUUUAGCUGACUCUAAUGAUGAUACUGAUUCUGAAAAGGUAUCUACUGAUAAGGUAGAUCCAUCUCCAAAUAAGUCAACGAGUGUAGAUCAAGUUACAUCUACAGAAGAAACUUUGAUAGAUAAUUCAUCUAACACUACCACAGAUAGAAGAGGCAAAAGAGCUAUCAAUUACGCAGAAAGUGAUGAUGAUGAUGAGAAAGAAAGUAUCCAAUUACCAUCUUCUAGAAGUAAUAAAAAACAAAGACUUUUCGCUGAGGAUUCGGAUGAUGACGAUGAAUAUGUUCCAUCGAAGCAAGAACUAAAAGAAGAAAAAAUGAAUGAAAAUCUGGAUGAUUCUAAUUUUAUUGAUGAUGGAGAUGAAGAAGAUGAAGAUCUUAUGGCAUUGUCUACCAGACCUAAAAAGGUUACUCCAGUCAAAAGAAAAAUGAUAGAAGCAACCACAAGAUCUAAACCAAAAUCUAAUUUAAUAAAUCAAAAAUCAAAACCUAAGACAGGAGCAAAUUUUGCGAAGCAUAAUGAGGAGAGAUAUUACUGGUUAAUUGAUGAAAAGGAUGCUGAAAAACGUCCUGUUUCGGAUCCAGAGUAUGACCCUAGAACAUUGUAUAUUCCUUCAUCAGCCUGGGCUAAAUUCACAGCAUUUGAAAAACAAUACUGGGAGAUAAAAUCGAAGAUGUGGGAUUGUAUUGUCUUCUUCAAAAAAGGUAAAUUUUUUGAAUUGUAUGAAAAAGAUGCUCUCUUAGCUAAUUCAUUAUUUGACUGGAAACUUGCUGGUAAUGGUCGGGCCAAUAUGCAACUGGCAGGUAUCCCUGAAAUGAGUUUUGAAUACUGGGCUUCACAAUUUAUUGAGCAUGGUUACAAGGUUGCGAAAGUAGAUCAAAAGGAGUCAAUGUUAAGUAAAGAAAUGAGAGAAGGUUCCAAAGGUAUUGUAAAAAGGGAAUUAGAAUGUGUCUUGACAGCUGGUACUUUAACAGAUGGUGACAUGAUACACUCUGACCUUGCAACAUAUUGUUUAGCCAUUAGGGAAGAACCUGGUGACUUUUACUUGCAUGAUGAUUAUUCAGUUGAUGAAAAAUCUAAUCCAGAUAGAAUAUUCGGUAUUUCUUUCAUUGAUACCUCUACCGGUGAGGUUCAAUUAGUUGAAUUUGGUGAUGAUAAUGAAUGCACUAAAUUAGAUACAAUUAUGUCGCAGGUUAAACCAAAAGAAAUUAUUAUUGAAAAGGACAAUUUGAGUAGUAUUGCUAACAAAAUUGUUAAAUUUAAUGCGUCUUCAAGACCAAUUUUCAAUGAAAUCAAACCAGAAGUGGAAUUUUAUGAUUAUGAAAAGACAUAUGAUGUUUUAACUUCAGAUGAUUCCGAGUACUUUAAGAAUGUUGACAACUGGCCAGACGUACUACAAUCUUACUAUAAGAAUCAGAAAAAGGUUGGUUUCAGUGCAUUUGGUGCAUUGUUAUAUUAUUUGAAAUGGUUACAACUGGAUAAAAGUUUAUUAUCAAUGGGUAAUAUGAAGGAAUAUGACCCUGUGCGGUCUCAAAAUUCGUUGAUCCUAGAUGGUAUAACACUUCAGAACCUGGAAAUAUUUAGCAAUUCCUUUGAUGGUACCUCUAAAGGUACUUUAUUCCAGUUAUUCAACAGAUCUAUUACUGCAAUGGGUAAGAGAAUGAUGCGAAGAUGGUUAAUGCAUCCACUACUGAAUGAGGAUGAUAUUAACAAAAGGUUAGAUAGUGUGGACCUCUUAAUAUCCAACUUGGAAUUAAAGGACAGUAUCGAAAGCGUCUUCAGUAGAUUGCCUGAUUUGGAAAGACUUUUAGCGAAAAUCCACACUUGCACCAUCAAAGUUAAAGAUUUUGAAAGGGCAAUUCAAGGUUUCGAGGAUAUUGAAAAUCUACUGCUGCAACUAAAGGAUUCUUCUAUUGAAUUGAAAGGUGCGCUUGCUAUUUUCUUUAAACAAAUACCAGAUUCUCUUUUUGGAAACAUUGACACCUGGAAAAACGCAUUUGAUAGAACAAAGGCCUCUGAGGAAGGUAUCAUACUUCCACAUAGAGGAAUUGAAACAGAUUUUGAUAAAUCGUUGGAUGAAAUUGAAGCUUUAGAAAAUGAACUUUAUGAACUACUGAGCCAAUAUAAAAAGAAACUUCAUUGUUCGGAGAUAUGUUUCAAGGAUUCAGGGAAGGAAAUAUACACUAUCGAAAUCCCAGUUAAAGCUGUUAAGCAUGUGCCGUCCGAUUGGGUACAAAUGGCAGCCAACAAAUCUACAAAAAGAUAUUAUUCCGAUGAAGUAAGGAUAUUGGCUAGGUCAAUGGCAGAGGCACGUGAAACACACAAGACUUUAGAGGAAGAUCUAAGGACCCGCCUUUGUAAAAAAUUUGAUUCUGCUUUCAUGGACACCUGGACUCCUACCAUUCACGCAAUUUCGAAUAUUGACUGUCUAUUGGCUUUAACAAAGACUUCUGAAUCUUUAGGUUUUGUUGCCUGUAGACCCACUUUUGUAGAUGAAAUUGACAAAAUAACAGGAGAGAAACUAAAUGGUUUCAUGAGAUUUAAACAGCUAAGACAUCCAUGUUUUGGUUUAGGUACUACUAUUGCAAAAGAUUUUAUCUCUAAUGAUAUUGAAUUAGGUAAUGGAAAACCACAAUUAGGUUUAUUGACCGGGGCAAAUGCCGCUGGUAAAUCGACAGUUUUAAGGAUGACAUGUGUGGCGGUUAUAAUGGCUCAGAUGGGGUGCUACGUUCCCUGUGAAUCUGCAUCAUUAUCACCAGUAGACAGAAUUAUGACACGUUUGGGAGCAAACGAUAAUAUCAUGCAAGGUAAGUCAACAUUCUUUGUUGAAUUAUCAGAAACAAAGAAAAUUCUAGAUUUAGCAACAAGAAGAUCAUUACUCGUUGUUGAUGAAUUGGGGAGAGGUGGUUCAUCGAGUGACGGUUUUGCGAUUGCAGAAGGUGUUUUACACCACGUAGCAACUCAUAUACAGAGUCUUGGUUUUUUUGCUACACAUUAUGCUAAUUUAGGAUUAAGUUUCAAGGGACAUCCUCAAGUAAGACCUAUGAAAAUGACUAUCCUGGUUGACGAAGAAACAAGAAAAGUGACCUUCCUCUACAAAUUGGAAGAUGGCCAAAGUGAGGGUUCAUUUGGGAUGCACGUUGCAACAAUGUGUGGUAUAUCAAAGUCCAUUGUUGAUAAUGCUCAAAUAGCUGCUGAAAAUUUCGAACACACUACUAGAAUAAUAAAGGAAAGACAAAUAGCAACGAGUGGUAUCCAAGGAGAAAUUGUGGAUAUCCCAUUAGGCUUGCAAAGUGAUAUUGUGAGACUAUUAUUUGGUGAGGGUGUCAAGAAUACGAAAUUGGGCACUGGGGAAGGAGUUCUAAUUUAUGAUAAUAAUGUCAAGAGAAAUGCUUUGCAAAAUAUUUUCAGUAUAAUCGACGAUUUAUAG